UUUCUCUGCUUCUCUCUCUCUCUUAGCUCAUUUCUCACGUUUUGAUGUUCUUUCUUCUUGUUUUUGUUUCCCUCUAAUAGACACUUUUGUUCAAUUAUUCAGCAGGAAGAAGCAUUUUCAAGAAAAAAAAAAAUCAUCAUCCAAUUGUUAGAGUUUGUGUAAGAAGAUUUCCUGCUGGAUUGAUAUGCCUAUCACUGCUCCGUAGAUGCCAAAAUUUUCAUUUUUUCCCGGGCUUAAGUAGCUGAAUUUCAUGAAUUUUUCAGAAAUAAGGCGGUCUUAAGUUGAUAAUGAAUCACAUGGAGGACAAGCAAUUGAAGUUUAAUCAACCUCUUCUCUCAGUUAGACGAAUAUCUCCGGCUAUGAUUUCCCAAAGAUAUGAGAAAAAGACAACUGACAUUUCUUUUCGCGCUAUGACACAUCUUCCUCAUUACAAAUCAGAACUGAAGUCGGGCCUAGUGGGGAAUCCGGGAACUGUACCUUUCCUCUGGGAAGAUAGCCCCGGAAGACCUAAGGAUGAGCGCGGACCACAAACUCGUCUCACCAAAAAUCCUCCUACUACCCCAAAGCUUCCCCCCGGGUGGAAGUUAAGAGAUAACCAGGAUUUCGAUAAAGCUCUUGAAAGUACAACGAAUCAAACAGCAAAAAUUGAAAAUUCUAUGCCGGAUUGCACUUCUCUGGAUGAAAAUGUGAAGAAAAUCGAGAGUUUUGACAGAUCAAAAGAAAUGACGGGGGAUAAGGAAAAUAUUGAAUCAGAGGAUGGUGAUGAAACAUACUUGGAUGCCCGAGAUACACUUUCGAGAACUGAAUCAUCUUUCUUAAACUGUAGCAUAAGUGGCUUAAGUGGAUAUGAUGAGCCAAAUGCAAAACCAUCUGGAACUUCUUUAUCACAUUCACGGGCUAAGGAUUUGAUGAUGGGUCGGUUUCUGCCAGCAGCUAAGGCCAUGGCUUCAGACAAGACUUCAGAAACACCUUACUACGUUCGUAAGAAGCAACCACCUGUUCGGGAUCAAUCAAGACAGAUAAAGAAGGUAUUAAAUGGGGAUAGACGACCUCAAUUGCGCUACGGACCUAGUUUUACACUUUAUCAUUCCCAAGCUCAUGAUAAUGAAGAAGAAGAAAGUGAUGAUGACUGUUAUGAUAAUGGAAAUUUAGCUAAUAAAGUUUGUGGAUUGUUGCCUCAUUUUUGCUUGAAAAGUUCGUUUCGUCUUCUCAAUCCUGUACCUGGAAUGAGUGUUAGAACUCGAGUACCUGUGUCUCCUGUCUGUAGAACCCAAACUGGAUCCUCGUCUACUGCUUCUUGUAGCGGAACAGAGAAUGAGGUCAAUUCAACUUAUGCUAAUGAUACUGAUGAGAAUAAAGCAAUCCUUGGAAGUACUACAGAAGCAAAUAAUCGCGAGGUCGAGUUCUUGGGCUUGCAGAAAAAUACCUGCCAAAGUUUUCAAGAAUUAUUGUCUGAUCAGAACAAUAGCAGGGAAGUAGAUCUGUCAACUCCUGAUGUAGAGAAAACUCUGUACAUAGAUAUUGUGCAUAAAAUGGAAUCUGUAGCUAAGAUAUCAUGUUCUCCGGAUAGAAAACCAUCCAACUUACAACACAAGGACGUUGAGAUACUUGAAAGGAUAAUAAAACAAAAACCAUUUGUAGAUUCUUCACUUGAUUCGUCUGAGAAGUCUUCAUUAAAGUCAUAUCUUCAAAGGAGAGUUGACUUCAAUCCACCACAUUCAGCGGAAAAUUUGAGCAAUGGAAGGGGGACGAAAGCAUUGACAGCUACCGGUCAAGCUCAAGACUGUUGCCAAGAUGCAAUGACCUUAACAAAGCCUGAGAUUGACGUUACAGAAAAAACCAGAAAGCCGAUUUUAAGAAGAGAGAAGGUGGAAAAUUCAUGCAAAGUGCACCCGGAGUUUCUUGUUCCACCACCUUUACCAAAAUCUCCAUCAGAUUCAUGGCUUUGCCGCACUUUGCCUUCAUUAUCCACGAAGAAUGCACCUUCACGGUCCUAUCACAGGACAGGAAUAAAUACUAAUAACCAGUCUUCUAAGCCACUAUCUAGUGAUCCCAAGUGGGAAACAAUUGUUAAAAUGACAAAGAAGCAACAGCCCUUGUGAAAUUCUGAGGUAAAUUCUCUAUGUCUUCCGGCGUAUAAAGGGCAGCCUAGUGCACUAAGCUCCCGCUGUGCGCAGGGUUCGGGGAAGGGCCCGAUUACAAGAGUCUAUCUAUGCAGCCUUAUCAUGCAUUUCUGCAAGAGUCUGUUUCUACGGCUCAAACCCAUGACCUCCUCGUCACAUGGCAGCAAUUUUAUCAGUUACGCCAAGGCUCCUCUUCUAUUUCUUCCAAUGUAUAAGUUUAUGUAUUCUUUUCUUUGUCUGAUAUAUUACCUAAGCGCAAUCUCUAUUUCUUAAUUUCUCUGCUUGGAAUUUCACCAGUCUAUCAGGAACUCAGAGCCUUGAUACAUAUACAAGAAGCUCAGUAGAAGAUGUUAAUGCUUUUCUGUGGUCCUCUGAUUGUUUCCCAUGCUUUCUUGUGCAAAUCAAAUAGUACAAUGGGUGUGAAGGUGAACAAUAAUGUAUAGUUUGCUCUAUAGAUUUUACACUUCAUUUCUUAAGGUAUAAAGGGCUUGUAACUGCCAACUCAUAUCCUGUAAUUACAUGAUGAAAUAAAAGUUCUGUUGUACAGGUAAUCUUGA